GGACAACUUCCAGGGAUGUAAGGAACGGGCUGCGCGGCUGGCAGCUGCAACCCCAAAGCUCUCCAAGCUCGCAGAAAAGAGCAGCCUACUACUAAUAAACUGCUAAUAAACGUCAAUCGGUCAAUCGCGACUUUCCUUAACAUUUCAUUCAUCAGCUCCAGCUCCCCCCUCAGAAAUAACAAAUUAUUCCUCGCAUCCGAAUUCCCGAAUUCCCGCAAUUAUGGGCGCUCUAACAUAUAGCGCUGGAGGUUUAUCCUCUUUCCUAGCUGUUGUUGGAUUGUACAUGCUGUUUACCGGUAGCGGUGAAUCCUUUAAUGUCGGAGCUUUCCUCGAGACAGUAUCGCCGUACGUAUGGGCGGAUUUAGGUGUUGGGCUUUGCAUUGGUCUAUCAGUCGUCGGCGCGGCAUGGGGUAUUUUCAUCACGGGCUCUUCUAUCCUCGGUGCUGGUGUUAAGGCGCCUCGAAUCCGAACCAAGAACUUGAUCUCCAUCAUCUUCUGCGAAGUCGUAGCCAUCUACGGCGUCAUCAUGGCCAUCGUCUUCUCCGCGAAGAUCAAAUACGCCGGCCCCGACGAAGUAUUCGAUUCCAACAGCUACUAUACCGGUUUCGCCUUGUUUUGGGCUGGUAUCACGGUGGGAGGUUGCAACCUGAUUUGCGGUGUUGCUGUUGGCAUUAACGGCAGUGGAGCGGCUCUAGCCGAUGCUGCCGACCCUUCUCUUUUCGUCAAGAUUCUUGUCAUCGAAAUCUUUAGCUCCGUCCUAGGUCUCUUCGGUUUGAUCGUCGGUCUUCUCAUGUCCAGCAAGGCAAACGACUUCGGCGAGGCCUAAUCUUGGUUAUGUGUUGACGGGAUAUAGUGUAAGAAGAGAUGCAUUCACAAUCGAUCAAGGAUUGUUGGCGUUCGGAAAGACGGUUUCAAAUUGGGGAUAAUCACGGGUUUGCCCUUUUUGUGAACUAAUUGUAUGUACUAUUAUGACAACUGGGCGCGAUCACAGUUCAUCCGGGGGAGCUACUGGAAUAGACCCCCCCCCCCCACACGAAACUCCGCGAGAGGCUAGGGCCUUGAGUAGACUGAGCUGGCGCCUGCCAACUGCCAAACUAUGUCAGGGUAUACCAGGGCGGAAUCAAUCCGGCUACUGGUUCGCUAGAAGCUAUAAUAAUCUAGAGAGAAGUACUAUAUAUAUAUAAAAUAUCGGGUCCUAUUCAAUACUCGAUUCAGAGCGUA